GCCUAAACCAACCACUCAACUCACAGCUCUCGUCGGCUAAGGCAGACGCAUGCUUGGGCGCCAAGGCUUCAACUGGGGGGAGUGAGGCUGACCCACCAUUUUCAGAGCCAGCUUCUGCAUCAUCGAUGGCCUGUUUCUCCCCGGAUGGGGUGCUCUAUCAAUCUCUCAUUGUCCUGGUGCCUCCGGGCAGCCGUCGCUGCGAGCGGAGCUCUUCCUGGGAUCCCGUCCCAGAGCGCACGCCCCCAAUGAUAACCGCCACGUGAAAUGGGCCGGCCUAGGGUUCUCCGAAUGUUUGACGAGAUACCUGACAGUGAGUAUAAAGGCAUGCGUCUCACAGUCGACAUCUCACAGUCGACAUCUCACACCCCACAUCCCGCCCCUGAACCCCUUCAAGCUGGCUUGCUGGCUGGCUGACCAGCGCGGCAGACAUGGCCACGGCCGCCGGGUCCCGGCAACUCCCCGAGCCCCAGGAGAAGGAUGACUGUGACGACUGCCUCACCGACGAUGCCCAACUUGACAUCGAAACUUCCCAUGCCGCCUCCCAGGAGUACCCGCAGCCCAUCAAGGAGUAUGGCGACCAGUGGGAUUGGGAUUCGGCUUGCCAAGACUAUGUCAGGUUCCGCGAUGACGGCGUGAAACUGUUCUAUACGAGCUAUCAACGAGCCGCCAUUCUGCCAUCCUCUUCAGAGAAGCCGGAGACUGCCAAGGACUCCACUCGCCAUGCCGCUCCCUCCGCGAGCUCACCGGAACCCACGACAGCCCCUGCCAUCGCUAGGCCUGUGCAGCCUCCUGUUCCGAAAGUGGCCCCUCAUGAGGAGCCUCUAGGCGAGGCGUUCCAAGUCGUCGCCAAGCCCAAGCGCUUCUUCUGCUUCGGACGCAUAUUCAAGACAGUAUGGUUCGAACCAGCCGGCAGUGAGCUCCCCAAGAAGCGGCCCGAGAUCGAGACGUGGUGCGAGAAAUGCCCGCCCUUCCGCGGGGAAAAGCCCGUGGCCCAGUUCCGCUGGUUCAUCGUCGUGCGCCGGCGCCUGCACCACUCGCUGUGCUUCAGCAUCACUACCUACGGCGGAAAGGCCGCGGCCAAGACGAGCCGCGGCCGGCCGAUGGAUUACGUUGUCCUGUACAGGGCGAAUGUCGAGCCCCCGCGGCCGUACGCCGACGAGCGCAUCGAGCGGGAUCCCAUCGCCAUCAUUAUCGAGGAUGGCGAUCAGUACAUCUCCCCGCUCGCGAGGCUGGACUGCGGGAGGAUCUACACGGUGCAGCACGACCUGAAAGUCAUGAAGAUCGGGCGGGUGCAUCCGGCCGCGCUGCCCUUGCUGGACCAGUAUUACAAGGAGAGUGUGGCAUAGCGCGUGGGAACGGCUCGGGAACAGCUCGGGAACGGUUUCUCAGCUCGGGAACGAUUUCUUAGCUCAGUUUUGUCUAGCCUGUUGGACAACACCUGGAAAG